AUGAAACCCUCAAAGGCAUCCCAGCGCUACAGAAGCAUCCGGAGAAACACCAGUCAGCACUAUUUCUACCAGGAGUCCCUGCUGCUUAGCAACUUGGAUGACAGCUUUAAUGCUGAUGAGCCAGGGGACAGCAAUGAUCCUGAACAAAUCUUCCAGAAUAUACAGUUCCAGAAGGAUCUCAUGGCAAACAUUCGCUGCAGACCGUGGACCAUGGGGCAGAAGCUGGGAGCACUGAGGCGAGCGAAGGAGAUCGUGCUGAAGUUUGAAGGGAGGCUGACCCGGACCCGCGGCUACCAAGCAGCAGGUGCAGAGCUCUGGCGGAAGUUUGCUCGUCUGGCCUGUAACUUCAUGGUCAUCUUCAUUCCCUGGGAGAUGAGGAUCAAGAAAAUCGAGAGUCACUUUGGAUCUGGGGUUGCUUCCUACUUCAUAUUCUUGAGAUGGUUAUUUGGAAUUAAUAUUGUGCUCACGAUUAUGACAGGUGCUUUUAUUGUCAUUCCAGAGCUCAUUGCAGGCCAGCCCUUUGGAAGCACAGCCAGCAAGACCAUCCCCAAGGAGCACGUGGCUUCGGCUCAAGACCUGGACACAGUCUGGUCCCUGGGGGGUUACCUGCAGUACUCGGUGCUCUUCUACGGCUAUUAUGGCAGGGAGCGAAGGAUUGGGAGAGCUGGCUACCGGCUGCCCUUGGCGUAUUUCCUGGUGGGGAUGGCCGUGUUUGCUUACAGCUUCAUCAUCCUCUUGAAAAAGAUGGCCAAGAACUCCCGGACCAGCCUGGCCAGUGCCUCCAAUGAGAACUACACCUUCUGCUGGCGGGUCUUCUGUGCCUGGGAUUACCUCAUCGGCAACCCAGAGGCUGCGGAGAGCAAAACCGCUGCCAUCGUGAACAGCAUCAGGGAGGCCAUCCUGGAAGAACAGGAAAAGAAGAAAAGCAAAAACCUGGCGGUGACCAUCUGCCUGAGGGUUGUUGCCAACAUCCUGGUACUUCUCUCGCUCGCUGGGAGCAUCUAUCUCAUCUACUUCGUGGUAGACCGGUCCCAGAAGCUGGAGCAGUCGAAGAAGGAGCUGACACUCUGGGAAAAGAAUGAGGUGAGCGUGGUGGUCUCCCUUGUCACCAUGCUAGCACCAUCGGCCUUUGACCUCAUCGCCGCCCUGGAGAUGUACCACCCACGAACCACACUGCGCUUCCAGCUGGCAAGGGUCCUUGUGCUCUACCUGGGGAACCUCUACAGCCUGAUCAUUGCUCUCUUGGACAAAGUUAACAGCAUGAACACUGAGGAAACUGCCACCAAAAAUAACACAAGCCACUGGAUAGAGUCUACCAUCUUCUUUGCUACCAGUACGGUCGCUGAAGAAGAUAAAUGGUCCACACCUGGGCCUGAGAUAGGGCUCGGGAGAAACAGCACGUGGGGCCCAGAUGAGACCAGUGUUCCAGCUUACACCUUGCCUCUCUCGGAGGCCAACAAGACCACCAUCUACACCCAGAAUCCACAAGACCAGUGCUGGGAGACCUACGUAGGGCAGGAGAUGCUGAAGCUUUCCAUCAUCGACAUGCUCUUCACCGUGGCCAGCGUCCUGCUCAUAGAUUUCUUCCGGGGACUUUUUGUCCGGUACUUAAGUGACUACUGGUGUUGGGACCUGGAAAGCAAGUUUCCUGAAUAUGGGGAAUUCAAAAUAGCAGAGAACGUGUUACAUUUAGUCUACAACCAAGGGAUGAUUUGGAUGGGGGCCUUCUUCUCCCCAUGCCUCCCUGCAUUCAACGUCCUCAAACUGAUUGGGCUCAUGUACCUGAGGAGCUGGGCGGUGCUGACUUGCAACGUGCCUCACCAGCAAGUGUUUCGAGCCUCCAGAUCCAACAACUUCUACCUGGCGAUGCUCCUGUUUAUGCUCUUCUUGUGCAUGUUGCCAACCAUUUUUGCUAUUGUUCGGUACAAGCCAUCUCUAAAUUGUGGCCCAUUCAGUGGACAGGAGAAAAUGUAUGACAUCGUAUCAGAAACCAUCGAGAAGGACUUCCCCGCUUGGUUUGGCUCUGUAGUGGGGUACCUCAGCAGCCCCGUGGUCAUCCUGCCGGCUGUGUUGCUGCUUUUCAUGCUCAUCUAUUACCUUCAGAGCAUCGCAAGGUCCUUAAAGCUCAGCAACCAGCAGCUCCGAAUGCAGAUCCAAAACGCCAGAUCUGAAGAUAAGAAAAAGGUCGCUCAAAUGGUAGAAGCCCGGAUCCAAACCCAAGAGGAAAGCAGCAAGAGGCUUCCCAAGGACGGUGACCCCAGCAGCCAGACGUCCUCAGCUCACUCGGCGACGCCCCAAAGCAAUGGCACUGUGGUCAGUUUGGAUACAUCCAACAGCAAGAGUGGCAGGGUAGGGACUGUUGGCCAGCGCACGCCCCCGAGUCCCCAGUCAGGCCUCAGCAGUCCCAGCUGGUCUCUUCCUGGCACCUCCAAAUCCAGGCCAGAGCAGGAAACUCACAGGCAUCUCCGUGGUUGGUGCGCCAGCACAGGGGACCAGCACCAGGACACAUCCUGCUCGCCCACGCCGCUGGCAAAGCACACCAAAGACAUCCACCAAAGACAUCCUCUUUUCCGAAAAGACUUUCAGCAGAUCAACGCUGCUCUUUGUGGUCCAGGGCUCUCCACCUCAGUGCCACACGGUCCUAGGUCCCAUGCCCCCAGAUACUACAUCAUUAAUGAACGAGACUCUCGCAAAAAUACCCACCCAACUCUCUGGCCAGAAAGACAUUUCAGGAUGGAUGCCUUAGGGGACAUCGUUGAGAGGUACCCCAGGAACACGCGACGCCGUGUGUCCCGGGCCCCCCGGCAGGACCGCUCUCCACAGCUGAGUGAAGAAGAGGAAGAUGCCCCGGAGAGAGAGGUAGUCGAAUGGUCUUUCCACCCACAGCCCCUGACAGGUCUCCAAGGGGCCUUUUAUGUUGGCAAAAAGUCAGAGAGUCAGAGCCUGGGCCCUGAGCACCAGGGAAGGAUGUACUACACGUCCUGGAACUAUGGUUCUGAGGCUCCACUUGACAGGCUGACGUAUGUGCAGAAAAAGCCACGUUCCCGGAAUUUCCAGUAUGCACAGCGCCCCCCAAAGCUCCGAGGCCAGCCCAAGGUUAAGCCAUCCCUUGCAGAAUCUGAUUCCACAUCGGCAGCGUCCAGCAGCGACCAGCAGAGCAGCAGCAAGGACCAGUAUCUGCGGGCCACCCACAGCCAGGGCAAAUUCCCAAAGUCUUUGUGCGAGCUGGGCAGGAGGAAGGCCAUGUCCAGGCAGGAGCUGAUUGCUGAUCUGAACGACCUGACUUGUUCCAACGUCUAGGGGUUUCUCCUGGCAUCCCCGUCAGAGAAUCGGGGCCCUGCUGGAUGCCGGUGUGGUCUGACAGCGUACGGUCCCCACCCUUCUGGAAGGAGACACGAACACAGAGUCCUGAGACACAGCCUCACCUCCCUCUUCUCCAGCAGCCGCAUGCCAGUGGGCAGCAUCCAGUGCCUCUGGAACAUUAGGCUGUCAUUUCAGAACCUCCAUCCUUUCCCUCCAUUUCGGGGGACACACAUCCGAGGCAAGCCAGACAGCUCAUCCGGAUGGCUGCACCUCUUCUGAGAUGUCUCUGCCCGACCUCCAUCCUGUGUGUGCGCUGCGUGUACUGCCGUGCCUGGGAUGUCUGUUUUAGCACACAGAACUCAGUCCUCCCUGAUAAGCAUCCAGGAGGGAUGUGUCUGCCCUUCGAGAUUUCACUGUGCUUCUCUGGUUCACAUGAAUGAUCAGCUUAGGAAUGACAGGAGGAACUAAAAUUUGAGAGCCUAUUUUACUAUAUACCAGGCUGCUUGCAUCUCUUUGUUAAUGAUUCAGGGACCCUGGGAUGGGAGGCAGCAGAAUCUUUAAGGCAUCGUGAUUCCUUUAAGGAUGGGAAUCAAUCUGGUUUCAGGCUUGGCUGGACCUGAGGAUCCUCAGGAUCCUCUAUCUUUUUACCUGUUAGCAUUCCUUGUUGGUUGGCUUCAUUUUCCCCUGCUGGUGACAGGCUUCCUCCAGGCAGUGGGGGGAAGAGGAAUUCACAGCCACAGAAAAUACCAGGCUUAUGCCACCCAGCUGACGAGCCUGGGGGAAAGAACAAGGUGUCCCUCCACACUUCAUGCCAUCUUCACCUUAAAGGCUGGUAUGCCUUCUGUUGGGCGGGCUUCUGCAGCAGCUUCUGAAGCAGCGUGGGUCAGUCUGCUGUGGUCAACCGAAGGGUGUCCCCUAUUCCUGUCUCUGAGACCCUUCUUUCCACUCUAAAUUGUGUCUUUCAAUU